AUGCCUAAAGACAAGGGCAAAGGCAAAUCCAAGGCUGUCGACUCGAUUACCGAGAACGCACCUUUACUCGGCUCACCUUCAAGAACCUAUCAUUCCACUCGUACGCAACCUUCUUCCGAAGACCAGAUCAUCCAACCUCAGCAGCGCAGGACUUCUCGACUCACCUCGAUUGUUUAUACAGUAUCUAUCGUGAUACUGUCAUUUCUGAUUUCUUUCUUACUGUUCCUCAUACUGUUAGCAGGAUCGUAUAAACCCUCACCAUCGGAACUAUCCACUUUACCCAAAACGGCCUUCAGCUACUCCCCGCCAGAUUCGAUAUCGAUAGUCAACGUGACCGACGAUGGGAUCCUGCUCAAUAUCAGUCUAAGAUGUGGUAUAGAUGCUGAUGAAGCAUUUGGAGUCAAGGCGAAAGUGUUCGCUACUCCUGAAGAAAAAGCAGAUGCGGAGGAAAGAGGUGAAAGAGGAUUAGGAUCGGAGUGGUGGGAAAAUAUAAGGAAAUGGACUGCACAUACUUUUUUAUCCAAGUUGGAUAAACCAUCUGUAUCGGUCAAUAUACCCUCUUCAAUCCUAAUUACAUCCCCGCAAUUCAAGUCUUCACCAUUACUAUCAGUACAUGUAUUGGACGAAUUGGAAGUACCGUUGAUAUGGGAUAUAUCACCUCGACCCCUACCGCCGGGAUCUCAACCUGAUUGGUUACGGCCAAUAUCAUUUACUGCUCUGGCCAAACCGCUAGCAUCCACAGGAGAACUAUGGGAGUUCGUACAGAGAGGAUGGGUUGAAGGUGCAAUACGUGUGACGAUAGAGGUGAAUCAUGUGAUAGCUAGACCGUCGGAGAUUGCUUGGUGGACCAAAUAUGCUAAAGUGGAGAAAGAAGAUUUGACGAUGGAUAUCACUUCACCUAUCCCUCAUAUACCCCAUUUACCCAAUCCCGGAAGACCCCUCAAUCUAUCAGAACUCGUCACACUGCAGCACUAUUCUUUCGAUACUACCCAAUCGCCCAAGGCAUUGACUAUCCAAGCUAUCGCUACGGUCCCAAAUUUCGCACCGGAUCUCAACGCUACUCUAGAUUUCAGCCUACCAUUCUCAAUCGCUUUACCGGCUACAAGAGAUGGCCUAGUAGGAGAAAGUAAGAUGGCUGAAGUUAUCACUGAACCCAUCAUCAUCGGAGGAACCACCAAGGAUAUCCUGUUGAACAUAUCUGGAGUUAUCACUGCGGAUCUGAGUGAACGCUCCUCUUUAAUGGGUUCAUCACCAUUAUCGUUAUUCUUACAGAACUACCUACAUGGUAGAGAUAAUCCCAUCUUAGUUCAGGGAUUAUCCAACUUACCUUCAUUCGUUCCAUCAACUAUCGUCCAUCCGCCCAGUUGGCUCUUACAUACUCUACCUUCAUUAUCGCUAUCGCUCAAUUUCCCUGGACCUAGACCGACUCCAAAGAUUAUUCGAUCGGUAACCAUUGAACAUAUGAGAAUAUCGGAAAGUCAAGGAAAGAUGAAAGCUUCGGGUACCGUAGUUGCCGAAGUUGAAUUACCUAAAGAUAUGCAAAACGUCAUUGUGGACGUGGUAGAAGUUUUACCUGAUGUAUAUGUGUUCGAUGGUCCUUCCCCAACCGAUGAAGAAGAUUUACCAGGGGAUGGUGAAUUCCCACCAAAGGCUUUUGGACAUAUACGACCUACCGAUUAUCUCAAUUCGACUACAACACGAGAAGAAAAUGGAAGAUUGAUUGUAAGAGCGCCAUUGAAUCAGGUUGACCUGGAUAUCUUACCGGGAAGAGAUGGUGUGUUAUCUGAAUUCAUCAGUAAGAUCGUAUUUAAAGGAGGUGCGUUAGCUGGGGUGAAGGGUAUAGCGAGUGUCGGGGUAGAGAUCAUGGGUGUCAAUGGGAAGGUUAGAUUGGAUAAUUUACCUGUAAGAGGUGAAUUUUGGGUAGGAAAGCAGAGAUUGGCUGUUGACAUCGAAAGACAGUCAAGGGAAGAAUAG